CACAGUUCCGCGCCGCGCGGUGACGUCACAGCUCCGCGCCGCACGCUGCUGCCAUGGCGGCGGCCGAGGAGGAGGAGGCCGCGGUUCCGCCGCAGAAGCGCUUCUACCGACAGCGCGCGCACUCCAACCCGCUGGCCGACCACACCCUGCGGUACCCCUCCCGCCCUCAGGACAUGGACUGGGCCUCGCUGUUCCCGACCUUUUUUCCGCCCGACGCCCCCCCCGGGACCCCCCCGGCCCGCGUGGAGUUCGCAGACGUGGGGUGCGGCUACGGGGGGCUGCUGGUGGCGCUGGCGGAGCGGUUCCCGCAGACGCUGUCGCUGGGGCUGGAGCUGCGGGGGAAGGUGGCCGCGUUCACCCGCGCGCGGAUCCGGGCGCUGCGGGCGGCGCAGCCCGGCCGCUUCGGCAACGUGGCCUGCGUGAGGGCAGUGGCCUGCGUGAGGGGCAACGCCAUGAAACACCUGCCCCACUUCUUCCGCAGGGCACAGCUCUCCAAGCUGUUUUUCCUGUUUCCUGACCCCCAUUUCAAGCGCACGAAGCACAAGUGGAGAAUCAUCAGCCCCGCCAUGCUGGCGGAGUACGGCUACGUGCUGCGCCCCGGGGGCCUGGUGUACACGGUGACAGAUGUGCCUGAGCUGCACCAGUGGAUGCUGCAGCAUUUUGGGGAGCACCCCCUGUUUGAGCCCCUGCCCCCUGCCCAGCUGGCCGCGGACCCGCUGGUGCCGCUGCUGCCGUCGGUGACCGAGGAGGGACAAAGGGCCCGGCGCGCCGGGCGCCCGCCCUGCUCCGCCGUGUUCUGCCGCCGCCCCGACCCCCCCCCGGCGGGGCCCUGACCUGCGGGGAGGGCCGGACCCCUCCCGUCACAGCCCCCUUUUGUAAUAAAGCCACAAAGCGUC